GCAAAGAUGAAUGAAUAUUGGGAAGAUUCGGACCCGAAGACCCGACCCGACCUUGAGAGGAUCCUUUUUAAAAUCAACAGUGAGAAAAUGGAUAGUCCGGAAUCAAAGACUUAUCUAACCAAAUCUCGAAUCAUAUCAUAGAGAGAGAGAGAAUUGACGACGAGCUUGGAAGAGAUGGCGGUGAUGGGGAAACUGAGGAUGUUCGUGGCGCAGGAGCCUGUUGUCGCCGCCUCUUGCUUGAUCGGCGGUGUUGGACUCUUUCUGCCUGCUGUUGUGAGGCCUAUUCUUGAUUCACUCGAGGCUUCCAAACAAGUUAAAGCCCCUCCACUUACCCAUGUUAUUGCUGGUGUCACAGGGCAGAAACAGAGCUAAUCCCAUGCAAUGAUUUUUUUUCCCUGUUUUCUUACAUUCAGAUUCCCUUUUUUUUGUCUUCUAACUCUUUUACAUUCACAAAUGAAAUAAGCCAGACCUCUCUUUUUUUUU